AUUUUGAUAUUUAUUAAUAGAAAUUUUAAACUUUCUGUAUAUAUAUUUAUUAACAAAUUUAACAAUAAUAAGUUCGCGCAUCAAUACCCGCGCAUUGGCUUUUAUUUGCCAGUUUUCUCACUUAAUUGUUAGUACCCUGAGUCUAUUGCUGUUAUUAUAAUAUAUAUUUUGAAUAUAUUUUGAAGGGCAAGCCCUCGUCUAUAAUGAUUUAAAUGUAAGAAAGUGUGUGUGCUUCUUCAACGACAAGUCUUUUAAUAUUGUAUAUAUUUUUAAAAUAAAUACUUAACAAAAAAAAUUCAAUAUACAUAAAAAUAAAAGAAGUUUCUAGAAUCUUAAGGGAGGUUUCAAGAUCUUAAGUAUAUGUAUUUCAAGCAGCUGUUCUUACUAGAAAAUGUAAAUUAAAACACAUACAUAGUAUUAAAGAUAGCAGUGGCAAAUUAGUAUACAACAUAUAUUAGUGACAACGUACAAAGUAAAAUUUAUAAAACUUUGGGUUAAUAUAUUGACUCUGCAUUAUUGCACCAAAAGUUUAUAACUGUAUAACGAACUUUAUUGCUCAAUAAAUUAAUAAUAUAAUUAAAAAUGAGAGAAUCUGACGUGAUCAAUAUGUGGAACCACAUGCAAGAAGAGAUGUCUAUGUCAAUUACGGCUUCAUGCUGGCGUUGCAACGAGGGUGCGAAUAAAGGAAAAGUCAUAAUAUCCCCGUGUAAAUGUACGAAUCAAUUCAUACACAUUCAUUGUCUAAAGAUAUCGGCAAAUCUUCAGAACGUACUUCACUGCCAAUUUUGUCGUACUCGAUAUCCAUUAAAAAUAAAGCAUAAAUCAUUAUUAGAGUGUUGCAGAGACAGUAGUACAUUGCUUCAGAUGCUUCGAGAAGUUCGUGUUCCUCUUUUCAAAAUAUUAAUUUUGAUAUUCUGCUACAUGUUUUUCGUUAGCAUAAUCGUUUAUGUGAUCAUAUCAUAUGAUUAUAUUAUGAAGGAUUACAACAUCUUUAUCGUUAUCUUUAUAAUCAUAAUGUAUUUAUGCAGUUUACUUUUCUUCAUUUAUGCGACAGUGCCCAUUAUAAUUAACUGGAGUAACAGAAUGCGUGAAAUUUAUCGUAAAAGCACUCAAGAAGUUAAACUGACGAAACAAUAUCCAAAUGUUCGAGUAAUUUAAGUGUAAAUAACAUUUUAUUAUUCUGUCAUAUUUGUAGGCUAUGAUGUAAUUAUUAUAAAGAAGAUAUAGAAAAAUAUUUUAUAUGGUAUUUUAUAUUUUUGGCGAUACUUUAAGAUUUCCAGUGAGAAAUAUCGAUAAAAAAAAUGUAUUUCUGUAUUUCUCAUUGAGUUAGUUUUAUAUUU